AUGAAAUUAGCUCUUGUAAUCCUCCUGAUCGUAGCUACUGCUGUGCUUGGAGAAAAUGAACAGAUCCUGACUCCAAGUAACUCAGAUCAGAUUCUCGAUCACUUAGAGGGAAAUAAUCAGAAUAUUUAUUUAUUAUUUUUCGCUGCUUCAAGUCCAUAUGAAGAAGUUGCUCAUAGGAACAAUAAAGAGAUAGAGGAUGGACUCAAGUCUAUCAUUACUGAUAAUCCAGAGAUAUAUUUCGCAAGAAUCGAAUAUGGAAACCCCAGCUUCCACAAGCUCGCAGAGGUAACACAAGUGAACCAUGCUCCUUCUGUAUUUUUGAUGGUUCAUGGACAAGGAGUCUGGAUUUAUGAGGGCACAUCUGAACUAAUUUUGGAAAGACUUAAAGAUUUCCUGCCUCAAUUUAAACAAGCUUCCAGUCACAAAACUGCUCCUUACACACUGGAAUAAAGAGGUAAACUAACC